UCCACCGCAACGCAACGACACGAGACUUUUGGCUCUUCUCCAGGUCACACUCUCCGCAGCAUCGCCUGUGCAACCGCCCGGGCGCCGCCUGCGUUCUUUAUCUUGCCCCGUCCCUUUAUCUACGCCGUUGAGGCCGCUCCCACCAAUGCCGCCAGACCUGAAUUCGCUUCCUCCGUCCCCCUCACCUUCGACUACACCCCUCCAGACGCGCGUGUCCGUCAACGACCAGACGCGCACCAUGUCGCAGUCGCCUCCAGCUUCGCACACACCCCCGCACUCGCUAGCGGCCGCCGCUACUUUGAACGCCGGCCUGCAGAACGAGGAUCGAAGGACGUCCGCCGGCGGUAUGCGCAGGGACGUCGAGCGCGUGCGAAGGAGAUCAAGCAUACGCAUGAACCUCACCAUCAACGACCCAAGCCUACCAGCACCGGGCGAGCUGCAAAGUCCCUCAGCACGCACUCGAGGCCCGUGGCCCCACUCUCCCCAUCACGAGCGUACACCCAGCCUGGGUGAAUUGCACCAGGAGCUGGAAUACGAACAGGAGGGUCAAGUGAACAGACUGCUCAACAUGAUACGUCAGCAGCAGGCCCAGAUCCAGCAACUGCAGAACAACCACCAACCCUCUGCUUCCGCCGUUGACGACAGUACACCGACAUCGGAGCGCUCCAUGUCACUAGCCCAGCCCAACCAGCCUUCUCAAACUAUUGUCUCUCCAAUCCCCAGCGCCCCUCAUCCACGCUCGCGCUCGCCGUACGCCUUGAACCACGGCAGCCUCAGCCGUCACUCCUCCAUGGCAGACCGCUCUCGGGGCAGUAGCCACACGGGCUCUCCCGCCCUUCGACCCUCGUCAGGUCAUGGGCUCACACCGCACGAGAGCAACGAGCUCCUCCCUGGAUCUGCGGUGCCAGCCCGCGACGAGAGCGCGUUCUACCAAGCAGAGACCCAGAUGUUGACGCGGGAGAACCAGAUGCUUAAGCUGAGAAUACGUGAGCUGGAGAGGCAGCUGUCAGAGCUCAAUCCCAACAGCCCAAUCACCCACUCCCCGAUCAUGGCAUCAAACCUGCACACCAGCCCACCCAUCAGCCGCCGUGGCACCCUAGCCCACUUCGAGCAUCACAAUCAGCACCCGGAGGCUUCAAGCUCCGGAAACCCUAACUAGGGCCCAUUCGUUCUCUCUUCAACAGCAUUCGGUCAAGGCGUUUAAGGCAUACAUGCGAGUUCUUCAAGCAACAGGCGUUUAUGCAUAGGAAAGGCAGUUUAUGGAGAAUUCGGAACUGGCGUUUGAAAUAUGAUUAUGGACACGGAGGCUGCCCGCGUGGCGUUUACUUCGGACUACUCUAGUCACGGUUGUGUUCCUUUCGACGCUUGCGAGGUGUUUUUUGCGGGCUCGGCGUCCACGGUAGAGCAAAGCGUCCGAUACUUUGUCCGCGGAUUUGUGGUGGCU